UAAAACGCAGCUGACAUGAUGUUCAGAUAGGAGUGGAUCUGAAGUAUUUUUGCCAACGUCAUUGGAACAUUAGAGGAGCUUGCAGUACAGUGGGCGGCAGGCCAAAUGGACCCUUUCACAAUGCAAAGGAUAAUUUUUCCUGGAUGCUCGCUGCUUUGACGAAGAAAACAACUGCUCCCACACCCAGGACAAGGAGACGAUGUUGCACCCUGAGAGCAGAAAGGAGCCGUGUAUUUUUAGACAUUAAGUCACUUUGACCUCUUUUGGGAGAAACUACAUGUUUUUUUCCACAAGAUAAUCAGGUUUUUUCAGACCUGGUGCAUUUCUUAUGUGAUGCAAUGGAGCAGAAGGCAGUUGAAACCACUCUAAAACCUGAUGUGAAAGACAAAGGGAUAGUAAACAUACACGAGGGCAACCCUGCGUGGGCAAGAGGAGAAAGAUUCCAAAGUAGGGAUAAAGCCGGCUCCGUGAGGUGGACUGCCUCUGUCGAAAAUGAGACCGGGGAAACCAGUGGAGACCUUGGGGAGCAAGGGGAGACUCUUUUCCCUCCGAACAAGCACCCAAGGAAAUCUUCCUCUCCUUCAUCUGGUAUCACAAACGAUCUGUCUUCCUCACCAAAGAGCAACAUGGGAGUUGACUGUGCUGACAUUGUCCUGAACUGUCUCUUCUGCCGGUUCCACGAUAUGAUCCCCAUCCUGCCCGACUGCUGCCAGAGACUCACCAAUCACUGCUGGCCCAACUACAAACAGGUCGACCGUACUGUGGAGUCGACACACAGCGAUGAUGAUGACUCUUGUGUGGAGCUGGAUUGUGGCUUCUGUGGGAGCUGCCACGAUGCAAGUGACUGUCUGGAACUGGCUAUGGAGGUUUCUGAAAUAUGCUAUCACUAGGUGGAAACCCAAAAGUGUGUGACGAAGGGGUCGUCUCAGGGCUAAAAGACACAAAAAAAAAAACGCAUCAAGGAAAUCACACUGAAAUCGCACAGUUUCAUGCUUACUUAGAUUUCUGCAUGAAUGCACAGAUG